AUGAAACGCCACGGUGGUGAUGAUGAUUUAGGCUCAUCAGAUAUUCAUGAAAGUGUAAAAUCCGGUAAGCGACAGCGGCCGGACAGUUAUCAAGAAGCUUUGGCAGCUGGCAAAUAUGAAUUAAGAUUGCUAGUAUCCAGUCGUGGGGCUGGUGGAAUCAUCGGUAAAGGUGGCGAAAAUAUCAAACGAUUAAGAUCGGAGUACGAUGCGAAUGUCACAGUCCCCGAUAGCCAAACUCCUGAACGAAUUGCUACUAUUGUUGCGACAGUCGAAAAUGUACUCGCCAUUGUUACCGAAAUUAUUCCGAAACUUGAUGAUAGAACAUUACAGAGUCGAGAAAGUGAUUUAAAUCGUCCAAUAGAGCUUCGUGUUUUGGUACACUCGUCACAUGCUGGUGCCGUUAUCGGUCGUCAGGGAUCGAAAAUUAAAGAAAUGAAGGAAGAACUUGGUGUUCAAAUGAAGGUAUUUGCACAAUGUCCUCCUCAAUCUACAGAACGUGUUGUAUCAAUUAAAGGAGCUCCUGACAAAAUAUUAGCUUGCGUGAAUCAUAUAAUGAACAUGCUGAAAGAGAUUCCAAUCAAAGGAGUAACGAAGCCAUAUGAAUCAAUGUUCUAUGAUCCAAGCUACUCGUCUGAGUAUGGUGGAUAUCCACCAGAUCGUAACUAUCGCGGUCCGAUGAUCCGUGGACCAAUGGCAGUAACUUCAUAUGGCAAUUAUGGCCGAAGUUUUCAACGACAGAUUGGUGGACGUGGUCCUUUAUCAGCUGUUGCAUUGCCACCAUAUAUGGGACCGGAAGAAAGUACUCAGGUGACGAUACCAAAUGAGCUUGGUGGUACCAUAAUUGGUAAAGGUGGUGAACGUAUCAACAGAGUACGUGAAGAAUCAGGAGCUCAGAUCGUUGUAGGGCCACAGCAGGAAUCUGGCGAACGUAUCAUAACGAUUACUGGUACAUCAACAGCUAUACAAACAGCGCAGUAUCUGUUGCAGCAGUGUGUUCGCCAGUCCGUUGCGGGACGACGAUAUUUGAAUGAAAUAUAA